CCACUCACUGCUACUAUAGUCUAAUGGUAGUCAGCGCUCUUUCUUAUCGAACAAAUAGCGUCGUCUACUCUAUUUAGUCGGUCUCUCGCUUACGCAUGGGGUGGUUCCCUUUCUCUCGAGACAUACGCGAAUUAACAAGAAAAUCUUGAGUCAAAAUGUAGUUUUUGUCAUCACAGAACUUUUCGUUGCUCUACAACACGUGGACUUGGCGGAUGCGUUUACCUUACGAAGGUUACUAUUACACUGCUUUUAACUCGCCCGGACUUAUUUCUGAUCGUAAUGUUUGUAAUCGCUGCAAGCGUAUGCUGAGUAAGACAUUUCGGCUUCUUCCAUCGAUUUCGCACUUUCAAUUCAUGUCCGCCAUUGUAUAAUUCAUCCUCGUGACGGUAAGGUACACGCAGCCACAAACCCAAUCCGACAGGUGGACAAUUUCGAAAACGGCGAAAAGCGGCAAAAUCAAAAUCUCACUUUCGUUUUUCUGGAAGAUCUGCCACAGUGGACGUUUAGGAGCUACUUGUGACAAUCUGACGACAUAAUGAUGUUAUCGUGUUUACGGAGCCGACUCAUAACACCCCUGACAAUCGAACUUCAGUUCAUCAUCGCAGUAAUAACAUCAGCUGCGCCACCAGCUCCUCUAGACUUCAGAUGCUCCCUAGAGCCGAUCACCGGGGCCUGCCGAGCGGCGUUUCUUGGGUUCUACUUCGAUACUGACUCAAGGAAAUGUAAACAAUUUACUUAUGGAGGCUGUGGAGGUAAUGGAUUCAUUUUCUAUUGCAUGGAAGAAUGCGACCUUGUCUGCGUACAGCGUAAAAAUAUCAAAGAUUUCAUCGAACGAAUCGAGCAGAUCCUUGCUGCGAACGCCAGCGAUGAACUAAACUCCUCGCCGAUUGCAUCAUUAGAUGGGAACACAGCUACUCAUUCUACUAAAUCUAACAGCCGUCAUCUAGCUAACGCUUACAACGAACACAUAAAACAAGAAGACGCUCCAUCUGGCACGCUCUGGCUAAAUCCUAAGCCGAUGAUGAAAGUCAAUAAAAAUGAGCCAACAAGAACUCGUGAUGGCUACCGUGCUUUUCACGAUACAAAGUUUCGCUCGAAAUACAUUUGCCCAUUACAGGAGGCAUUUGAAGCCGAAAGCCUUAUUGAUGAUGUGAAAGAUGACCAACGAGGGGUGACUCAGAGUACGACGGAGUAGAUCGCGGCUAAUCCUUCAUCCUAACUGGUAGAACGCUUGGCUUAACUUGGCCAAAUGUACAUGCACUGCAGAUAAUAGCGUGACGGACGUAAAACUCGAUUUGUGCUGUACGGUCUGGGAGAUAGAUGAAAUUUUGGCUUUUUCGCCUAUUUGCAUAGAUCAAUUGUUUUUUUGUUACAGAGCAAAUCUUGAACCUUGUGCCUCGAAAAUGGUGUAUCCAGGUGAUCUCGUACCGUACUCGAACGAAGCCUACGUUGCCCUCUCCUGUUGACCCGCAUGCAAAUACUAUGAAUAAAAUGAUAACCAAUUAAUGGACACUACAUAACUGUUAUCGUCGAACUGAUAUAGCUAUCUUUAUUUCAUGGGUUUUAGCGUGCCGACAUGAGAAGGCAUAGGCCACGCACUAGCGACGGUGCCAGACAGCACGUUUAACUCUGUAGUAUCUGAUUUUCGCGAUGGUAUCUCCGUGAUCUGGCCUUAAUCCUUAGUAAUAAUUCCUCGAUCAUAUAUAUAUAUAUAUAUAUGCUUAUCAAGGUAGUAUUUUCAUAUAUUAGUUCGAAAAAACUAACUUAACCUUAUACGAUUUCAAUAUUAAGUGGCUUAUGCCUUAAAUGCAGUUCGAAAAGGGAUACUUCUACUAGGACUAGGCGCUGAAAUAUCUCCAAUAUAUUGUUUGUUCAGUUCCAUCCAUCUUUAUCAAACGAAUCACAAAGACAAAUAUGUUUCUGUAAACAAUUCGCCUACUAUUAGACAAAAUUUACGUUGGGAUGAUGCAGACGCUAAGUUUUCUAAAGAGAUCAUAUUCAAAAGUGUUGCAUUCAUACACUGUUCCCUGCAUCUGAUACACUUGGUUCAUGGUGAUGCAUCGCGUACCUCCUAAUAUGACGAUUUGAGCGGUUCGGUGUCACCCGUUCGAAGUCUAACAUAGGCUCAGAUUUGUAAGACUACGUCUAUUUCCGCGAAGUUACCUUGUUAGGUUUCGGGAUAUUCGCGUUCGCGUUUAAGAGACACAGCUUUGAGCUCAUUUUACUGCUCUGUGUUUGCAAAAGAGUUACUCCUAUAUGAUCUCUAUGUCAUAGGUAAUCACAAGGGCUAUACUGAAAUCGAAACGCCGGGAGGCGAUAGCAACUGGGAGAACAUGAAGAUUCCUGAUAAUAGGCCUCGCUGUUAUGGACGUGCGGUAAAAAAAAAACUGGAAGCACCGCCAUUUGUUAGGACAUCCACCAUAAAAACGUUAUUCUAGUCCUUGAUCAUUUUACAACCUAAACGAGAUUAGAAUUAUUUAGUCAGGGAUCACAAUCAAGCAUCAUAUAUAUAUAUAUAUAUAUAUAUAUAUAGAGGGAGAGAGAGAGAGAGAAAGACAGAGAAUUCUCUAUUUAGAUCAUGGGACAGCGUAACACUCGUAACUGUAACUCAUAAGUAUAGUAUUAAAUGAUAUUAAUUCUCGUUGCCAAAUAUCUAUGUGAUAUCUAGGUGGGAACGGAUGUGUACUUUUGUUGUUGUUGUUUAUAGAAUCACACCCGUAACUUAAUAUUUUUCAAACGACUCGAAACCAAUCUCUGUGGGUAGAUUUUUCAUUUUAAGCAAAAAAAAACAUGUGUCUGAAACGGAUGUACUUUUUAGCCUUUUCCUUAUGUAGAAUGUGUCCUAGCUACGGCAGUAAAUUAUAACUUUCUACACGUUCAACCGGAAAGCAUACCAGUGCAUAUCAAUAUAUUUAGCACUUUUAUUUCAAAAAAAAUCAUAGGUAUUUGAUGAUUGAAUAUUAUAUUGAAAUUUCA